UCCAACACGACGCACGACGCAGGGGCGCAGCGAAUAACGGAUUACUGAUCAACUGAUCGAUGAGGCACAGAUUUAUCUCGGCUCUAACUUCAGUCAUCACCCUGAACCACCGUAUGUUUUUUCCGUGUUCAAUAUGUCAACAACAAAAAUGACAUGAAGACCAUCUUUUCUCUCCGGACCGUCUGUUCCAGCGCAACUGAAGCCGCAGGUUUGCCACAGAGGAGAAAUGUAAGAAUGUGAUGGACGAAGAUCGAUACUUGUUUCAUUAGGAAAUAUUUAUGAUGGACACGGGAGCGCGCGUAAAAGCCGGUUUCACACGUUGUUCCUAAGCGGGUGGGGGAAAAAAAAUAACAGUCUGGAGUCACUUUUCCACAACGGAAAUGAGAUCAGUCCUAUUGCCUGGCUCCAUUUCUUCUAAAACAUGGUCGGUGUAACUUCAUGCAGAACCGGGAUCUGAUCUGACAUCGUUUGACUUCUGGCUACAAACAGCAUUUUAUUCAUGGGAAGAUGUUUGCUGGACUGAUGGGGCUGGAUUGUCACAAUAACUCUCUACUUCACCACUGCGAGGUCAAAGAAGGUGGCAGAGCAUCGGGGACAGCUGGCAGCUGCGGCCGUAAGAAGCUCCACCGACGACCGGGGUACAUGAGAGGAGAGCAGUCUAGACUACAGAGCACUACUUAUGGACAGGAGGAGGAGGAGGAGGAGGAGGUGGAGGAGGAAGGGAGGACCACUUGCAUGAGGAACGGAAAAUCUGGACGUCACACUGACAUCACUGAGGCAACCAGCACUCAGAGGAUGAGUCGAACACCUGCUGUCAAAGUCUCCUCAAUAAAUCAGACACAGCCUGAUAAACUCACAUGUAGCUCUUGGAAGAGUAAAAGCGUCAUCUGCUCUGUUACCCAUCCUCUUCCUCAUGUGGACCGCAGUGCUGUUAAUGGUACAUCCAGCCAUCAGGGUUUGUCCUCACUGCCACAGAGUGAACUCAGGUUAAGACCAAGCCCGGCACUACAGUCCUCACUGCAGGACUCCUUUAACUCCAGCUUCAGUUUCAUCCAGCAGUCGCUCAACUCCAGCCAGACGACAGACACAACCACUGCUACACCAGCACAGGAACCAGAACCACUUAAUCAAUCAACUAAAGCACCUAGCUCGCCUCAAACAAAACCGGCAACCUUACCCACUGAUGUGUCAAAGCAUUCAACUCCUGUCCAGGGCAGCGAGGCAGAGAGAGAAGAGCUGUCAUUAAGCGGGAAGUUUUGGCGGGAAUGUCUGUGCGGUGACAGCGAGGUUACGUCCGACCUGCCUGACUGUGACUCCCAAUCUCUGGACAUAGAGAUCACCUCCUCACUGUCUGUGGACUCGGACACAGCCUCGGCCUCCUCUGUCACCUCCGGCUAUGAGAGUGCCACGCCCGCCUCCGACCAAGGCUGGGACAACCUGGUGAAGAGGUACGAGGUCGUGCUGCAGGACUGCCUCCAAAACAACCGCACUCACACCAAGAUUGAGUCCAUGAUGUUGAAGCUGCAGAGACUCCAGCAGAAGGCCAUUUUGGAUGAUGACUAUGACGCAGCCGAGCGUUUUGGGAAAAAGCUGGAGGAGUUGUGCAGGGAGCGAGGAGCUCUGCAGCUGGGUUUACCCUCCAGACAGCCCAGCGUGGCUCUGUUCCUGGAGCGCCUCACACAGGUGGUGCACAGCGCCCUCCAGAGGGCAGACUGCACUCAGCGCAGGGAGGGCGCAGAGCCUGAUGCGGGGGAGCGGACAGACUCACUGCAGGGACCGCUGCAUCGAAGAGAUCGUCUCAUCCGAGAGAAAGGGAUGGUGGAGGAGGAGAUAGCCGAGCUGCAGCAGAGGCUGGCGGAGCUGAGGGACCGCAGUCGAUGCCUGGAGCAGCAGAUCCAGCAGGAGGAGCAGCAGGUGGAGGCUGAGGAGCUGGAGGGCUCCGUGCUGAGGAGCUGCACCGUUGCCCAGCUCCGCGACAUCAGCCGGACCAUGCAGGACCUCGUCACAUCCGAAAACCGCAUGCAGAUCUCCGUCUCGCCGCCAUCUUCCCUGCUCAGGCUCCAGGAGCAGGAGCAGGCAUUGAAUCUGUCCAUCAAGGAAGCCACUGCUAAAGUGGUCAUGAGUCAGAGGCUGGGCAGCAGCCUGAGGAGGAAAGUCAGUGAGACUGAAACGCAGCUCUUGGCACUGCAUGAAGCCAAACUGGCAGCCAUCUCAGGUAAUGACUUCAGCAGUGCCAAGGAGCUGAAGGCUGAGAUGAAGGCGGUGUACCUGGAGCGGGACCGGCUGGAGGCUCUGGCCAAGAGGCUGCACAGCCUCAGCUCGGGGAGCAGCCAGGAGCUGGCCAGGAUGAAGGAGCAGCGGCAGCAGCUCAGGCAGGAGCUGGAGCAGAGGGAGGCCCAGCACGAAAGCCGACUGAAGGAGAACACUGCCAAGUACAUCGAGCUAUUGGAGGACAGAUUGCACAGUUGUGGCUGUCCAGGCUUGGAGCGGAUCUGGGAAGCUGACCUGGAAGCGUGUCACCUGUUCUUGCGAGGCCUCCAGUUGCGGACUCCCAGCUGCAGUGGAGCAGACAUCGAAGACCUCCCCACUGCAGCAGUUUAUCCUCCUGCCCAUUCAUGUACCAAAGAAGAAGAAGACUGCGCCAUGCUCACUGCUUUGGGAGGACGCUGGUGCCCCGAGGCCAACUUACAGAACUCAGAGUUCACCAAGAAAUUGGAGGAGUUUUUGUUCUGCAUGGAAGAUAAUCACCAAGAGGACGGGUGCAGUGAGGCUGAGGCUGCAGACCUAACAGAGCGCUGCGAGCUGAUCAGUGACAGACUAAUGACCUUGGAAGAUGAAUUGCAGACGGCCAUACUAAACCGGGAUCAGGCCCUCACCCAGUCUUUAGAAAAAGAAGUCCAGGAAGUAAAGGCCACCUUGCAAACCAUGCUCACACAGCUCAAAGAGGAAGAGGAGGAGGAAGAGGAAGUGAAGGAGCUAUUAGAUGAUGACCUCAUGAAAAAUGGGACUGAGGAAGAAGAAGAGGAGGAGGAAGAAGAUGAGGACCAGUACUUCAGUGACAGCUGGGACAUUUGAAAUGGAUGCCUGUAGUGUUUUAUGACCACUCACACACAGACUGGCUCUCCGAGAGCCUGACCUCGGCUUUGUAGUAGAAGUGACCCCAUAUCCAUUUUCCAUAAAGCCUCACUCAAAGCGCUUUACAAGCAGCCGCUGUGGUACUGCUGAAAGUUUCUAGCACAAAGCCUUAGAAAGUCUGUGUAACAUUUUAUCUACAAAUGAAAAAAAUGAAGGAUUUUGAUAUAAAUGCAAAAUAUAGGACACUUUUCGUCAAAUCUUGCCAGCCUACGUUUAAACCAGGUAAAGAGUGCCUUAGGCCACUGAGCCAAACUAAUGAUUAUUUCAAGUAUCUGGAUACAGGUUUUAAUGUCAUGUCUUACGAGCGCAGAGCAAUAAGGGGAUUUUUCUCUUCAGUUUUACUAUCAAAACAUCAGCAAUUUUUAAUUAUUAUUUGGUUAAUUGAGAGUUUUUCAGUUUUUCUGAUUUGAAAUUUACAAAGUUGAGAAAAGAUAUAGAACUUUUGAAUUAAUGAAAAAAUAUUGUAGUCACAAGUGAAUUAAAUGAAACGGUUAUGGUGGAUCCUAAAACAUAGAGUAACAGUAAUACACACAGAGAAAAGCCAUAGAGUCAGUGAACUGACCCAGUCAUGUCAGUUAACAACACAAUAUCUGUCCAGUGUUUGCUAACAUUAGCUAGUAUUAGCCACCAUAAAUUACUGUUCCUACCACCAAGUAAAGCUACAUCACCAAAACCACCACCCCUGAGUGCACUGAACUGAGCAAAGCUGAGGUACAUGUCAUUUUAAUUUUAGUUUAUAAGAGUAAGACUGUGUUAUUUCUUCUUCCAAAAGUGACAUCGUUUUAAAGUGAAUGGCAAAGAAAAUAAAAAUCCAAUUUUUUAAAAUGGCGAGGCAGAAAACCAAACUGAAGCUGAAAAAUGACUGAUCGCUCACUGCAGCUACCUGUUUGAAUUUUGACCGAGGACCAAGUAGACAAUCUAAACAUCUUUUACUGGUAACAGUUUUGCACAUAAACUAAAACAUAUGCUUAAUUUUAAGGUCGGCUAGCCACUCUUUGUGUUUUCCGUACAAUUGAACUUGUAUGACAAUGACAUGUAAUUUUGUCUAUUAAGUAACUUUAACAUUUGUGGUGCUACUUAACUUGAACACUUUAUUUUUUGCGUGUGUGUGUGUGUGUGUGUGUGUGGAAAAUGCAAUAGCUAUAUAUAUAUAUUUUUUCCCUCCCUGUCUUAAAGCAGUGUGCCCUUGGAGAGAUGCUCCGUACUUUAAAAUAUAUCUGUCACAACUGUCUCUUAUGCAUAUAGAAAAAACUGAAGGAUAAAAUAUCAGUGGGCACAUAAAAUAAGUACUUGCAACUGCUGUUUGUUCAUUUGUUUCUAAAAUAAUAUUAUAUCUGCCAUUGAUUAUGUGUCGUUUUUAUUUUAUGUCAGCUCAGAAUAUACUUGUUCAUUCCACUGGGUGUCACUUGACUUUUUGCCAGAAACAUUUUUGUACUUUCACCCAUUAAUCAUUUUUUUAAUUUACUGUGCAGCUUGAACUCGCCGUGUUGUAUAUUUAUUCCUUACAGCAUCUCGCUAAUUACAGCAUGUACCAU